UUUUUAAAUAAUUUAAUUUUGUUUAUAUUUUAAAAGCUUUAACAAAGACAGGGCGAUAAGUGCAAGAUAUUUGUUUUCAAUGUUCGCAAAGAAACGCUUGUUGAGGCGAUAGAUAUACUUCUCCUGAUUACGAAUAGCAUAAUCAUUACGUGUUUUUUUCAUUAUUGUUCUUGAAAAACAGGAAAAAUUAUUUGGUAGUUCACCUACUCUCUGUUAGUGACGCUAGUCUACCUCAUGCGCAUUUUUCAUUAGUAUGUUUAUGUUGUGUAAUUGGGACUGGUUGGUACUCUUGCAUCUAGAGACUUAUUCACGUAUUUGUAUUGUAUUAUUGUAUCGACUGCCUUUUCUGUGAUGAUCUGUGAUUAAAUCUCCUCUAAACGUUUAAUGUACAUGAGUCGUUUUAUAAACAUUCAAACAACGUAUUAUUUUUAAUUUUAUUUUUAUGUAGAUUUCUUAGAAAUGGAUAUUAGACAAACUACAGGAUUUUAUGAUUUAUGUAUAAACGUAUCUCCAAAUGAAAAGCACAAUUGGUAUCCUCUUUUGUUAAAAUUACAUGAACUUGGUUUUAAGACGGUUGCAAUAAAUACUAAUUUAGAUGAAAGUAUUCUUGGAGCGGAUAGGAAAAAAAAGAAAAGACACGACGGAGAACCAUCACAAAGUAUUAUACCUGAAGUAGUCGAUAUAGAAAAUAUAAAAAGAGACUUUCAUGGAAAACUGAAAGUUUUUAAUAGAAUUAGCUUCUUGUGUUCUGAUCCUGCAAAGACACACGCAUUGAAUCAUUGUGCAACCUUAAAAAAGUAUGAUUUGUAUGCAUUUGUUCCAAAAACACAAAAUGCGUUACAGUUUGCAUGUACCCAGUUAAACACAGACAUAAUUACUCUGAAAUCAUCUUCUACAACUUUUAAACUUAAUAAAAAGCUAUAUGAACAAGCUGUCGAAAGGGGGAUACAUUUUGAAAUUCAGUAUACAGAUUUAUUAAACAUAGAAUCUAGAAAACUUACAAUUCAUUAUUCGCAUCUCUUUCACACCUAUGGAAAAAGCAAGAAUGUAAUAUUAUCCAGUGGUUCCAAUGAUGUCAAUAGCGUUAGAAAUCCAUACGAUCUAAUUAAUUUAUCAUGUUUACUUGGAUUAAACGAAAUUAAAGCAAAAGCAUCGAUAUUAUCCCAAUGUAAAAAACUUCUUUUGAGAGCAGAAAGAAGGCGUAGAGGGAAAGCAGCUUUUAUUAUUGAAGAGGAAACAAAAACAAUUGAUAUUAUUGAAGAUGACGGAAGAUUUACAAAAAGAUUAAAAUCGUGAAUAAAAUUUGUGAAAAACAGAAAAGAAUGACAUAGAG